CUACCUCGACACCCCCCCCCCCCUCAGUUGCGCAGUGGCGAGACCGAGAGAUACAUGGCGCUUUUCUGAAGUGAGCCAAAUCGCGCCGGCCCCUGGAGCACAUAUCACGGCUGAAGAUAUGUAAGCCUGAGAGCUGUUACUUCCGUAGGGCAUCUUCUCGACGGAUAGUCUGUGAGUUCAUGCGCCGGAGGACUGCCACUGUGGUGACCAACUCUUCGAGCGGAAGUUCUCGUCGCCGAGCUUCCACGCUUCAACGCUCUAAUGCGGUGCACAAUCCUGGUACGCAACUCGCCCCACAGAAGCUUCUGUAUUCUGUUUUCGUGCCCAAGCCUGCCAUCUCGUCCCACGUCUGAAGAGAACAGAGCAACGUCGUGAGCUCCCUGGAAAACGACGCACUCAUGGACUCAAAGCACAAGGGUGCAUAGUGGACAGAUAGUGUACAGGUACACGACCGCCAGAUAAGCAGACCGAGAGAGACAUAUGGCACUUUCUUGAAGUGGCCUGCUAUUGGAGCCAGCUUUUGAAACCUGGCCAGCUUUUGGAGCGGAUAUCACGGCUGAAGAUACUCUAAGACCCACCAUUACUCGAGACAACGAUGGAUGAAGCUGGAGGACCGUCCGAUUCUAGCGCCAACAUGGAGAGGUCCCACGAGACGGCAACGAUUCGGAAAGCGAUGCAUGACGCCAUCAACAGAAGCGACUUCGGUGAGGUGGAAAAAUGUCUAAAAGAGAACAGAGACCUCAGGCAGUGGUUGGACCCGAUUACUGAGACAUCUGCUCUGUGUAACGCGCUAUGUUAUAGACAACUUAAAAUAGCUGCCCUGCUAGCGACACAUAACUGCAGAUUUAACGAGAGGAAGAUAAUGGAUGAAACAGACAUCAUCGGCCGACUCAAACCCAUGGAGGAAUGCGAGUAUCGUUACCAACUGCGCCUACUUGUGCACAAAUGCGAUCCGGCUCAACAACUAGUAAGCAAAUCGCCAAGCCAAAUGAGCAGUGACUUGUUCGAAGUCAAAGUGAAAGAAUUGUAUGAAAAACUCAGUAAGAUCCCUAUGGUGGACACUAUUCUCCGCGUUGUCGCUACGACCCCGUGGUUAGAAAUCAUAUUCGACUUCCAGAGCGAGAAAUUAGGCUGUAUGCUGGGGAGCGAUUACAAAACUACCUUGGGCCUGACUAUGCCUCGAAAGGAAAAAAUCUAUCUUGGAGCAAAGAGGGAGGACGAUGAACUUCUAGGAACGAUGGCACAUGAGUUCUGUCAUGCUGCCCUGGACAUGGUGUAUAGAAAUGGUGGAAAGCCAUACAGGAAAGAUGACGCAGGGAGGAGAGACCACUACAAACGAAUUCUUAAGGAGAUCUGUUCUGAGAGGAAUAAACUACACGAUAUAAUAGCAGGGGCAUUUAAUAGCAAAUCUUUGAUUAAACAGGAACUUGUGGUGCGUGUUCCUCACAUGCUUGCAAUGCGUUUCCCAAACCACGACACUCGCGAGGCGCACAUGGCAUCAGGAGAAGAGCUCCUGCGGAAACAAGUUCCUGAACUGUUCGAGUUUUUCAAGGACGACGUUAUUCGGGAUAUGGAAGAGUUCAUCUCGAAAAACCGCCCGGAAAAAGAUAGAGAGCAAAUAAAGGAACAGAAUGUGCGACUGGGGAAAGCAAAGACGACAGAAGACCUAAGAAUAGAGUUCAAGACAAAGUUUGAGUUGCAAGAUUGCCCACUUCUCGUUCUCAGGGCUCCCAACUUGACCUUCCUCGAAGUGAUGAUUAACGAUGCUGUUAGGAUGAAAGGAGAGUCGUAUGUAUUCUUCGAGGAAGUGAUGUGGGACAGUGAUCUGCAAGAAGCGCUGUUGAAGAACAAGUGUUCCUAUGUAGUCCUGUCAGCUGACACAAAACAUGACCCAGAAGAACGAUCCCGAAAAGCGAUGCUUGGACUGUUAAAAUCAUUAAUUGAAAUUAGGGAGACCAAAGUGAUUAUUUUGACUGGAAAUUCUGAGCAAGACGAAAAGUUCGUAAAAGCAAUUAGUGAGUAUUUUCAAAAUACGCCAAGAGUCGUUGAUGUGUGUAAUUGCGAUCUUGCAAAUGUAACAGAUAAAUGCAAAGCCGAAGCGUUGAAAUCCUCUUCGAUUAAGUUUCAAGAGGUGUUCAAACUAUCAGUUGAUGAAGUAAUGAGAUCAGGAGGUGAAAGAAGGCACGUCAGCGCAGCGGAACAGACUGUAAACACGUUUUCGGACCUACUGGACGACAACACCUUUCUAAUGUUGUGUCGAGACAAAGAAAUCAAGGUAGGACCGAAACUUCAGACGCUGAACGAAAAGAUAGCUGGCUACUACAUUGAACGCACAUGCGAACGUGUCACUCAGGUGGAUCUUAGUGCGGCGUUACGUAGUCUGCCGAACGAGGCAUUUGCAAUCGUGGAUUCCUGCGGCGAAGCCAUCGAUGCUUUCCUUCUUCCAGGGUGCCGUGCGUGCAACUACAGCCAAGUGGAACGUUUCGAAAGAUGUGUGUUGCUGGAUGAUGGGAACGGUUACGAUGCACUUGCGCAAUCGGCUAUCUACAGAGCCAAGACAGUCCACCUUCUUCGGUACGACUCAAGAAGCUCGAGAUUCCACUGGGUCAGAUCUAAUGGUCCUCUUGGACUCCUCCUGGAAGCAGUUGCCGGCGAAUGCGAGAUUCGUGACAUGAAAGAGUUGCUUCGUUACGUUACUGAUAAGGUCGUGGUCAUUUGUGGCGAUCCCGGAAUGGGAAAAAGUGUCAUGUCAUUGCGCAUGGCUCAGGAUAUAAAAUUUCAGGAAGAAAUGAGAUGGGUGCUGCAUGUAGACAUGCAAAAAAUUAACAUUGAGUGUGUGGAUCGCAACGACAUGGGAGUUGUCAUGCUUGCUAAAUUAUGCGGUUUAAUGGAGGACACCUUCCAGUUCAACCUUCUCGAGAGGAGCAUCUCUACUGCCUGGCCUUUCAAGGUUUUCGUCAUUUUCGACGCAUUUGACGAAGUCAUCGCUCAAGUCCGUGAAUUUUUGCUAGAAUUAGUGGUUUCCCUGCAAAAAACUAUGAUUUCGAAAAUUUUUUUGUUCGGUCGGAAUUGCUCAAAGUUCGAAAUGCAAAACAAGUUGCACACAAUGGCUUUCGAAAUUGUCGGUUUGAAAGAUAAAGAACAAGUGCAAUUUCUGAAAAUGUUUUGGAAACGAAAUGAUUGCAAAAUCAGUGAUGAGAAAUUGGAUUCAUUCGCGCGUAGAUCACUAGGAAGAUUUUCUUCGCAGGGGAAAAAUAAGAUCACCAACAACCCGCUACUGAUUCAAAUGAUUGCAGAAAUCGAUGAAGCACAACUCGAGCAGUUCGAACAAGGAACACCUGAAGAGAAUCCUGUACAUAGAGAAAAAUCCAGCAUUUUAGAAAUCUAUGAGAAGUUCCUUGAAAAUAAGCUCACAAUUUAUAUGAAGAAACAGUCAGGAGGAACAGUUUUAAACAAAAGCCACAUUGCUGUGCAGUACGAAAACGACAAGACAAGGUCUGCUCUGUACGAGGAGCAUGGUCUUCUAGCUCUCAAAGUGUUCUUCAGCAAGGAGCUGCUGACCAUGUUGCUAAGCAAAAAGGAGCUGCGGGAACUUGAAACUGGUGGACGGCUAAUGAAACUGGUAGUCGAUGGUCACCUCAAACACGGAUUGGUAGACGGACACAACAACGGUAUUCCUGUGUUUGUGCACAAAACAUUUGCCGAGUUUUUUGCAGCUGAUUUUCUCGCUAAUGAGGUUAGACAGGAAGAUAACGCCGAGGGCGACGUUACAAAGUUUGUCGCCAACAUGUACAGGAACAGCGAUUAUGAUGGGGUCCUCAACUUCUUCGAUGCCUUGGGAGCAAAAUCUCACGCACUUCACUGCCAUAUCAUGAACAAUGACUGGCAGAGUGUUGAGAAUGGUGCAGAGGUGUCCUUCAGCCGUGAUGCUUUUUCAAGAUCGCCACUCCAUAUAGCAGCGUUGUAUGCAGAUAAAGAGACAUUGGACAAGGUCACUGAGAUGCACGGUGAGAAAAUGGCUGAGGAAUUGCUAGACGAAGACGGACUUGGGAUGACGCCUUUGAUGUAUGCCGAUAGCGUGCGUGCGUGGCCAAGACUGAAUGUGUUUUGCUCACUCUGCAGUGAGAGGAGCGUCAACUGGGUAAAACAACUCCCUGUUGCAAUUAAAAACAUUACAGAAGAAAAAGACUUCGCGUCUUCAGUGAUACAGGAUGUGGUGCUGAUGGAGUAUACAGAACUGUUCAAUUGCCUCUUAAAAGUAUGUUCCGAUCUGAAGACCUCCGAACGGCCGCUUGUUUCGGACUCUCAAGAGAUGAGGCAUUGGGGGGUCACUCAGCAACGAGUAAUCGAUGUUGAUGCAAUCAAGUGCGAUUUUGGACACAGCCCUAUCUUCCACGCGACGUCGUAUAAGGUCCUCAAAGUACUCUUACCUCAUUCGGACAUUAGAGCUGUGGGCAAAGAUGACUCCACACUGUUACACGUGUACGCAGCGGUGGGCGCGGAAGAUGUUUGCAAAUACGUUCUGCAUCUCCUACCGAGUGAUAAACCCAAUGCUGAUGGUCAGACACCGCUGCACGUGAGUACUAUUUGUAGUAAUUCGGACGUCAUGCAUAUCUUAAUCCCCCAUUCUGCAACAACAAGAGGCGCAGGAGACAAACAAAGAAACACACCUUUGCACCUGGCAGCUGAUCCUGGAUCAAUUUUUGAACAAGAAAUGCUCUGCAAAUGGCUGCUUGGUCACGCACUCUAUAAACAGCCGUCAAUGUUAACGCAUGAAACUGCCUCAGUAAAGCAAAGAGAGGUAAUGAAGAUGGUCAUUCCUCACGCGGAUGCCACCGCUCGUAACUGCUAUGGCGACACCGCAUUACACAAAAGUUCAGAGAGCGUAUUCGUAAGUUCAGUUAUGCUCCUGCUUCCCUAUUCAAAUGUAGAUAUGAAAAAUGACACUGGCGAUACGGCACUUCUACGCAGUGUUGGUGGACUACCUUUUGAGAGGGGAAUGAGCAAAAUACUGGACAGAGAACUUGUCAGAGUCAUACACGAUAAGAUAAGUGAUCAAGAUAAUUUCUCUGUACACCCGUGUUCUAACACAGCCUCCGCGACUUCACGUGAAAUAGCUCCAGUUUUGAAAAGACGUGAAGGUAUCCCGGAGCGGGAAUCGGUACAAGAAACCAAUAUGAAGGAGAAUGAGGAGACCGAAAUGCGCAGGGUACUCUGCAUACCACAUCUCGAUAUGUCACAGCUGGUUGGUGACGUUACUAUAACUGAUCAAUAUGGUCAUGCUACGUAUCCUUACUCUACUAGAGUACGUUAUGUUGAAAUAGCUAAAUAUGUGAAAAGAUUUCGUGGCAUCAUCCCAAAGAAUAUAUUGGGCAAACAGAGCAGUACUGAGAAGACGAAAAAUAGCAACAUCUUCGGAAAGGAACACAUCAAAAUAAUCAAGCUACUGCUGCUCUAUUCUGUCGUUAAAGCUACCGAUGAAGAUGAUUCCACUGCACUUCAUCUGAGUGCUCGUGCAGGAAACUUGGAUGUAGUAAAGUUAUUGUUUCCUCAUUUGUCAGCGAAUGAUACAGACAAACGUGGACAGAAUUCGUUUCACCGCGCAGUUAUCGGGGGCCACUUGGAAGUAGUCAGAUUCUUCCUUUCUAGAAUGUAUUUCAAUGCACGAGAUCACGAAGGCGAUACUCCACUCGUCUAUAGCGCUCCGUAUGGCCAUAUCGACAUCGUGAAGGUUAUCCUUCCUCUCAUAUCGGCCGACGUCCCUGACACGUAUGGAUGUAUUCCUUUGCAUUAUUCUGCCAGGCAAGGUCACACUGAUAUUGUUGAAUUCCUUCUUCCCCAUUCAUUUGCUUCUAAGGGAAACAAACAUGGUUCCACCCCGCUGCAUCUUAGCGCGGAGUACAGUAGAGUUGAAGCAACGCGAGCGAUUCUUCCACAUUCAGAUUUUUUCACUUGCGAUGGAGACGGUGACACGGCUCUGCUGUGUAGCGCGUACGUAAAUUGUUGCGAUGUCGUUAAACUGCUGCUUCCUUAUUCGGAAGUGAAUGCCACGAAUAAAUAUGGAACGACAUCGCUCGCGUACAUUUUCGAGAAAGACAUCCAACAGUUUGAGAAGAAAUCUGAAGACAGUGAGGGGAGCAAAGAGAGCGAAGUGCCUGAAAAGAAAGACAUCAAAAUGGUCAAACUGUUAAUCCUCCACGCAAAUUCCAACGUUGUUGACAAUGACGGACGAAUUGUAUUUCGACUGGCUGCCUCUCUGAGAUGGUUCAAUAUAAAGAAAUUAUUUCUUCCUCACUUGUAUGUAACCUCUGUUGGAAUUCAGGAAGCACACGAGGAUGCUCUGGGCUGCUAAGUUAAUAAAAAAUAAUAAUUCGUGGUUUUACUCGUGCUGUGAUGAAUAACAGAGGGUCAGCACCAGAACAGAAGUGGGUCGGUUAUUCAGCGACUGAAUGCAAGUGGCCUGGCACUGUUACGAAAUUGAGAUACGUUUCUGUUGGCGUGUAACAAAGUGUGGCGGUACGUUGAUAGAUGUAAGUAACUGUAAGUGAAUGUUACUUGUAGGAUAGCAAGCGAUGUCCUUCCCCUUGGAAGCUGUGAGUUUUCAGUGCAACGAUUUAUAAUCAGUGUACAUAUAACAUAUUUGAACUCUUUGUUCGUCUAAGCUUCAGAGGUGUUUAGAUCUUCAUGUUAAACGUGUAUCCCGAUGUACGAUCUUGGCAUGUAUCGCAGUGUAUGCGCAGCUUCAUUAAAAUGUGAGAAUAGAAACGUCGGUUACGCUGUUCUUCUUGGUGCAAUAGGAAGUGUUACAUACAUAGGCGUAUGUCACUAUUCAGGGAAUUUGUUUUGGCGUAUUAUGUGCUAAGCAUGUCGUUGCUAUCAUCAUAAUCACGAUGUCGUGCUUGUUUCUUCAUUAUUGCAACAACUGGUACAGUCGACGAAUUCUUGUCACUAAUGGUAACCUUGUUUCAAGUGUCGUAUACCUAUGAGUUACACAUCCUGAGCUUCAGGGGGUGCAGAGAGUGUGACACCGACACGAUUUCAAAGACGUGGCACAGAGUGACACUAAUGUAGACGGGUAGAAAUCCAGCGAACCGGUAGGAAAGUACGAAGGGAGUUGACUCAAGAUGGGGGGAGAGCCGCCGAUAUUUCGAAUAGAGAAGAGACCGUUCUUCUUUUGGUCACAGUAAUGGUCGACAACGACAAGUGAUAUCUUCGCAACAGGGUAAGGUCGUUGAGGUAAGGAGCCAAAGCAGCAGAAGGAAUGGAGAUCAGAGUUGCGGAAUGGGUCCUCCCAUUCCGUUCCAACUCCCCUUCCGAGGAAUGGGAAUUUGUGGUAAUUCCAUUCCUUUCAAUUCCUCGGAAUGAAAAGGUAUGACCAAUUCCCACUCCCGGAAUGGCUUGGCAACCCAAUUCUAUUCCGUUAAUUCCCUCAAGGAAACAAAAGGACCGGUAACCGUACUGGCAAGUCGAGCAGUGCUGGAGGAGAUCGACAUUAACAAGCACGGAAAAAGCACAAAGGCAAGGUUAUUUCACUCUUGACAUUGAGUAGGGGCGGUGAAAGGGGCGCGAGGGCAGAAACCAGCACUUUGAAACCAAAACUGCCACCGGGGCACCCAGACCAUUCCAUUCCAAUUCAAUUCCGGGUUCUGGUAAAUCUGGAAUGAUUCCGGAAUCAUUCCAACUCCGGAGUGGCGACUCCGCAACCCUGUUGUAGAUACAGGCUGGGGCCCGACCUACUGUGAAGGCUUCUCGGAAGAAACAAAUCGUUGGAGACUAUAUUUUCGUAUACCUUAUUUCAGCACAGCUUUCGGAAAUCUUUUUUUUUUUUUUUUUUUUUGUUAGUCAGGGGUUAGAGCACAGAUCGGAUUCGUGCACUGUGCAAGGAUUGUCGUGCAACCUGAUUUGGGGUCAGGGUAUGUGAUCCGUAUUCUUUGACAUGGAAUCGGGCGUAGAAGUGGCCGGAAUAUGUAGAAAAGUGCGUUAAGUGUGUUGCUGAACAGGAGGUUUGGACGAUUGAGUCAUGUCCAGGUAAACCCUCGUCCCUUCAGACACUGGCCGGCUGAUAGACGUAUAGGAUCGCACAGUGCUUCAGCACAAGUACCGUGCAGUAGUGACGACUGCCUCAUCAAAUACAGUUACGGUAUUUACUACACCAUAAUGCAUUUGUUGUAAUAUAAAUUACGUCAAAGAAUGUGGCAACAAUAGACAUCUCCACUUAAUUGUUACCUGUUCACGAUAAGUCACCGGACGUUUUCUUGCCUCUCUUUUCCCUCUACUAAGAAACUCCUUAGCUGGCCUUUCCCCCUUUUUCCCCCUUUCUUCCGAUAAAUAUAUCCCACCUCCCCUUAGCUGGUGCACUCGGACAAGUGGCAAGAACGUGGGCGAUAAUGUGCCUGCUGUUCAGAGCCACAUCAUAACCCCUGCUUAUUGCUCGGUAUAACAACUAGAGAAAAAAGUGAGUGAGAGAGAGAGACCCCAUGUGAGAUCUGAAGGAAUUGAGUUUCGGAAACCCACUACUUGGCGUAACCCAUGCAGCCUGUAUUAUUACAACUAGCACUGGUUUCAUUGUACAUACUAUCGUAUCCAUGUAAGAAAUUUUCUUUAUAUAGAGGGUGUCCCAAAAAACGUGUCAUUGAAUCAUAAUAAAAAAUUACGCCGCCUAAAAUCACGCGCUCAACGGCAUUUCUUCUCAAUAGGUUUUUGCUACCUCCUGAUGGGAAUGUCAUGUGGCGUAAGUUUAAUUAUGUAAAUUUUUGCAAACUGAACCCCGAAUGUUGCCAAGUGAAGGUCACUUUUUUAGCCCAUUAAUGUGAUGAUCGUGCCCAAUUUCAGAUUUCAAUUUUCCUCCAGAAAAGAGGUGGUGAUGGAGGUGCUAAUGAAAGAGCUGGCCGUUGUCGGCCUCACAGAGAUGGGCAACGUCACGACUAACUCUCUGGAGGAAUAUAUGUUCGAGGCCGACUUCUAAGGGGAAGCUCUGACAACAUAUGUCUGAUAGCGUCUGAGGAAAACCCAGGGAAAAACCCCAGAUCACGGCCGGCACAGCAUAGCGCGCUCUUAGCCGCCACGCCUCCACGCUGUUCAGCAUCACCACCACCAUAAAUCACAAGUUUUAAGAGUGUGUAGGUAGCGUACUCCAGGAACGAGAUUGGGUUUAGAAUAAUCCACGGGAACAACUGGCCACGCGUUUCUUAGCGCGACAAGGCGAAGGAGCGUUGAUGUCAUUGCAGAUGGUGCUGCCUGCUACAGUUCUUCCCCUACCCUUCGACGGUCUGAGGCGGGAGUUGAAGACAGGUUGAGGGUGCUGGCGAAUUUGUGAGGGAAACAGAAUGUCAUUGCUAUCUACAUUAUAGAGCGUCGCGUUAAAAUGACAUUGGGCCGACACUGGAAUAAGAUUUGGGAUUUGGGAAAAGCGUAAGAUUUUGUACAUACUUUUCCCCCAUCCACGAUCACCUAUCAUUCAUUGCCUCUCAUUUGUUAAUAGCCGCAUUUUGCAUCGUCCUGUAUCGUUGAUCUUGUGUGCAUGUGUUGUGCUUGUACCCCCGCGUGAAAUCCGUUCAGUAAAUCUCUCCCCCACAACUAUUUACUGUCAUAGUGUCAGGGAGUUGAAAGCUAAGCAUCUUUCACAAGAAAAGAAUGUGGUAUAUCGGCACAGCGAGUGAAGCCUACAUUUCUUGCGUCUGUGAUGUUGAUUUCGCAAUGGCUCAGAUGUAAAAGAACGGAAACUUUCAGUCAAUAACUCGACUUCGCUGUCGUUCGCCAUCUUGUCAUACACGGUGUGAGAAGCUCUCGCUGUGGAGAGUCGUGGGUGGAGGCAAUAUACCUGGGGCGGCACGCAGACGCGCGGCAAGCGAGAAAGAAACGUAUGCGGUGAGUAGACGACGCAGCGACGUCCGUCGUGUCGAUGACCGAUCCCGGCUGACGUCACUGCGCGAUCCCUCCUCCGAGUGGAUGCAGGUGCUUCGUCACAUCGUCACGCGCGUUCUCCUAGCUUGUCACGUGGCAUCCGCAGAAAAGCGGAGAGCUUCGCGGGAGAAUCAAACGUCUGCCGCAGUAUAGGAUCGCUAGGGCCGCAUUUAUUGUGUAAAAACCACAGGGGUGACACAAACCCGCCAUUGUUGUAACUACCCUCAAGAGGGUGCUUUUGGCUAAACUGCCAUCUUGUCCUGGUCGCACGUCAUAGAAAACGUCAUUUUGAGGUCAUGUGACUUUGUUUACAUGUCGUUUUGCCGCUUACCGACAUAUUUUCGCCGUCAUAACACCAAGAGAUGACCGUAUUUUGUCAGCGUAAACUAUGCGGUGCUUCUUCCGCAACAUGGUAGCCAUGUCACCUUAGUUUAAGUACAUCGCAUCGGCUCGGUAAGUCUUAACGCGCGGUCGUCAUCACAUCUUUGGAAGUUAUCAACAAUACGAGGCUUUAUGUGUAAAAUUGCGCGUUUUACUGCGAGAUUAUCGGAUAAAAAUAAUUACUGUGAUCCAAAAACAUCCAAAACGUCGUCCAGAAACAACAACCGCAUUGUUUACAAACGGUUUGGCCGCCGAUCACGGGCGCCGCCAUCUUUAAGGUCACGUGUGCCUUGACGUUUGCUGUGACGUGCGACCAGGACCUGUCCAGGAUGCAUUGCGUUCGCCCAGCACGCUUUCGUCUACGGAGCAAUACAUUGGAUGCCACCCCUGUGGUAAAAACAUAACACAGUGGUGACACAUUUCAACGCGGUCAAAUAGAGAACUUCCUUCCUCCCCACUUUCCAUGCUCCAUUAAUACGCGUCCUGGGCCGACUUGACGAAAAACUGCGCCAACAGUAUUCUAAAGUGUCUGGGACCGAGGUAACAUAUUGUACGCCACAUCUGCACACUCGAGCGCUGCCUCAGAACAUCUCCCUUGCCGUCACACAUAGCCCGAUAUCUUCAUACAGGGCACAAUGGCAUGCAGUGGACAGAUAGUUGCGCAUAGGCAAGACGGAGAGAUGCGUGGACCACCACCCGGACAGCUUUUGUAGGAGACACCACAGCUGAAGAUAUGUAAGGGAAUCUUCUCGCCGGAUAGUCUGGGAGGUUCUACGUCGGAGGACUGCCACCGUCCUGGCCCAAUCGUCGUCCCGAAAUUCUCGUCCCGACCUUCCAGUCUUCGACGCUCCAUUGGUACAUAAUCCUUCUGCGCAACCCGUCCCAUAGAAGCUUCUGUAUGGGUUCUUGUGCCCAAGCCUGCCAUUACGUCGCACGUCUCAAAGGUGACAGGGUGAGCUCCCUGGAGCCGCACGCUCUUACUCCAUGGACUGUCACGUGUACGGACUUGUUGCUCCCUACUGAUUUGAUCCAUUCAGUUUCAUGGCUUUCCAUUCCGCUCCGUUACCGGGAGACGUGACUUGGUCAUUACGAGCCUGGAUAAACUAGCCUGUUCGGUCAUCAUCUCAGUAGUUUCCAGUAAACUUGAAGAAGAGAAACUGUAAGUGUGGAAACUCGAAAUUAUUGGAAUAAAGCAGCCGUCGAAAAGUUUGGUAGCAUUCAAACCCAGAACUUCCCAAAAGUCUCUGAAGUGGCAUACACAGAAUAGUUUAUUUAAAGUUGACAACCGUAUUAAUGCAGGAUACAGGAUAUCUCAGAGCAAAAAGUAUCCUCUCCAAUAUUAGUAUUGGGAUCCGAACAUGGGCGUUCCUAGGACGUGGCACGUGGGAAUACUCACCCUGAAGCCAAUUGAGGGCGCCACCGUGCGAACUGAGUGUAGCACGAGAAAAAAAAAUUAAAAAGAAAAGAAACAAAAAAACAUAAUCCGAUGGCGUCAUAGACCAAUUUAAGCAACGCAAACCAUGAAGAUUAAGCGGUAAAUUUUAUGUUGUGGCAUUAUUUAUCAGUCGUCACGCCUGAGUGUUUGAUGCGAUAAAAUUAUUACCUAAAAGUGUUAUUUAAAUGGUAUCUCGAUUUGAUAAUGUAGUAACGUUGUCCAAGAGAGGAAUGUCAGAUGCUUUGGCGAGAGUGAAGUCAGCACUGCUUGCCACGGGCGCGUUCUUCCUGUAUGUAUACGCCGCUGCUCAUCUACGGGACAAUUUGAAACCCCUUGGAAACUCUCGAAACAAUUGCCAACUUGAAACAGAACUUCGCAGCAUAGCGCGUUGAACGACAACUAUUGGCCAAGAAUGAUACCGUUAGCUCUCCUCAUUUGUGGAAAGCACAAAGAGUACGCCCCUUUUGUGUCAAUCUGUCUAACUGCAUAAGUGCCACAAAAAGGGCGUAUACAUCCCAUUUCAACCACGCAGAGGGCGCGAACGAUGGCAUUCGGGAUGGUGGCUGGCUAAGAGCGUGCUAUGCGGUGAAGUUCCCCAGGCACGUGACUGGUGAUGUAGACUGGCAUAUAAUCAACGCAUGGCCUGCGAAUUAAUGGACAAAGAAGAAAUGUAUGGGAAGAAGCCGCGCGAGGAACGCGUAAGCCGCCCAAAGUCGCUUUCUCCUACAGAUUUUGUGAAGUUGACUGGCAUUGUUAAUUCUCAUGGAUAGCUUCAUGUAUGCACUCACGUUAAAUGUCACCUCAUUGGUCCCUUAAUAGCGCGCGCAGAUUUCAUGUUUCUUUGGAAUUGUGACCAAAGUGCCACAUGCACUGGGACCCUGUGCAUUGCUUUGGGCAGUCCAGGGGCGUCGGCAACCUCGCGCAUACCGACAAAUCGUGACGCGACAAGAAUACUAAAAAAAAAAAUAAAGAAACGAAAGAAAGAAGAAGUGAAGGAAAGAGAUGGAAGAAGAAUGACUGGCGAGAGGAGGGUUGGGUUUAGUUUCUACUCUGAGAGAACGGUCGGGGUAUGUCACUUCCGGCAAAGUCUGGCUAUUCAAGCGUGUAGUUUUAUUUCCUGAGUGCCUUCUGCGGUUGGUACAGGAUAUGUGACAAAAUACUGAAUACGAAAGGUCUCCGCAAAAACCUCCUCCAUCGGAACGAGAACCAUUGGAACGGGGAAGGCCAUCUUCCUGGAAUCCUGAAGGUCGUAAGUGAAACUGUACCACAAACGAGGUUACCACCGGCUACAUGAGCCAACACCCACCAUAUGACGUGAGAAGUAAGGAAUCUUCUCACCAGGUGUGAAACUUCUCCUGGGAACUCUGGAAGACUGCCACGGCCAGCCCGUCGUUCCUCCACUUCUUGUCCCCAAGCUCCCAUGCUUCUACGGUCCACUGGUGCACCAACCUGGUGUGCAACUCGUCCCGCAACUACCUCCUGUACCGGUUCUUGUGCGCAAUCCUGCCAUCUGGUGGCACGUCUCAAGGGAGCUACACAAUGUGGUGAGCUUCCACAAGCGGAGCACACUCCCACUCCGUGGACUGCCAAGUCUAAAUCAUUAUUUAGUGCCAUUAUAAGUACUGAUAGCACAGAGCGAGGGUAACUAAACUUUUAACUAUAUUUGUACUGUUCAAGUCGGGAGUCUUUCCUUAUACCUUGUGCUGGUUCCCUACGCCCUUCUUGCGUACUGCGCCAACUCCGUUACCAGGUGGUGUUGAGGGGAUGCUGUAUCCAGCCGGAUGGAUGGACGGAUAGCGGCCUUCCCUUUGCAUCGGGCGGUAGCAUACGCCACCUAGCCUGUUAAAGUAAAAAUAAAGCUACAAAUUGGUUGAUUCAUCAAGUGUUUGGUAUUUCUUGUAUUUAGUAUUUAAUAAAAACCCUAUUAGUUAUUUCUCUUUCUAUGCCACGAGUCAUUCAAUCGAGAUUUGGUUGCCGCCACCGCGUCUUGGUCCACCCCUCCCCCGUCAUUUUCAAAACCGAGCGCCUCCCACAGCUGAACGGCCUCUUUUGGUGCCGGGUUGAGUCCCCUACAUCUCAAGAUUACAUGUUCCGCUGUCUCAUCCUCCCCCUCUGUGCACCAGCUACAUCUUGUGUCGAUAUGCCGUUGGAAUUUCGCGUAAUGAGUUUUGGUCCGUAACAUACCCGUUCUUGCCUCAAACAAUAAAGUGCUCCCGUACGAAUUAUCAAACAGUUCCUCUCUUGUGAUCUCUGUCUUUCUUUCCCUGUACAUCUGUAGUGCUGGCUUCCCCUUCAUACGUUCCUGCCAUUUUCUUGUCUCAGCCUCCCUGACCCUGGUUCUCGUACUCUUCUUUUCCUCCUCUUUGGUGCAUGUAAGAUAUCUGGCUGUAAGCAUUCUGGUUCUCCUCCUCCACCGAGUGUCAGUGUUCUGAAGGUAUAUGUAAGACAGCGUCUUGCUUGCCCAGUUGUUUUUCCCCAAUGUUCUAACCCGAUUUCCAUAUCUUAUUUUGCUUAGUGCUUCCCUGCUUUCAAACGUCGACCACCCCAUAUCGCCCGCCACCCCCUCAUUGGGUGUGGUCCCGUGCGCCCCAAGCGCUAGUCUCCCUACACCCCUUUGUCGAGUUUCCAUGAAAUGUAAUAUGCCCGCAUUUAUGCUAAGGACCGCGUUCCCAAAAGUCAUACCCGGUACCAUUACCCCUUUCCAUACCAUUCGUAUCACUUCAUAUCGACUGUAUACCCAGAGCGCUCUGCUUUUCAUUACCGACGCAUUCCUCCUGGCUUUCUUCAUAACCUCCCCCUCGUGUUCCCUGAGGUAAUUUUGUCCGUCCGCAAACCAUACUCCCAGAUAUCUGUAUUUCUGAACACCCUUAAUUUCUGUACCCUGUAUGUGGAGGGGUCUCUCCUGUUUUGCAUUAUACGUCAUAACUCCUGACUUUUCUGCACUGAACUUUAAACCUAGGGCUUCUCCCCCCUUUCCGCAUAUUUGCAUAAGGCUCUGCAACUCCUCUCUUGUGUCUGCCAUAAGAACAACGUCGUCUGCAUAUAUCAGCCCUGGAGUCUUUUGGCUUGUUUCUUGUAUCCCAAUUCCGUAGCUCAGGUUAAAGCCGAAACCGCUGCCUUCUAACUCACGCUCAAUACCACUGAUAUAAAGCAUAAAGAGAAUUGGUGACAAUCGGCACCCCUGUUUCAAACCCCUUUUUACCUUGAUGUUUCCCCCACAUACUGUCCUUCCCAUUCCACUUCUACGGAGCCAUCCUGAUAUAACUGCCUCAAAAGGUUCACCAUACCACUGUCCAUUCCAACCGUCUCCAGCCUUUCCCAUAGAAUUGGAUGAACCACUGAGUCGUAUGCCCCCUUUAUGUCUAGAAAGCUGAGCCAUAGUGGUCGUCGUUCCCUUUGCGCAACUUCGAUGCAUUGAGUCGACACAAACAGAUUAUCGUCCAGUCUCCGCCCCCUCCGAAACCCAUUUUGUAAUUCUCCCAGUAUGCCAUUGUCCUCCAGCCAAUUUUGGAUUCUGCCUUUCAAGACCUGCAUCGCGACCCUGUAGAUGACCGGUGUUACUGUUAUUGGCCUAUACGACUUGAAGCCGUCUCUCUCACCCUUGCCUUUAUAGAUUAAACUAACCCUACCCUGUCCCCAUUCAGGUGGUAUAUUCCCGCUCGUUAAUACGUUGCUCACUAUCUCCCUCAGUGUAUUCUGGCUCUUUGGCCCGAGUUGCAUUAUUAGCUUAAUAGGAAUAUUGUCUGGUCCAGCCGCUGUACCUGUUGGGAUCGCCUUAAGAGCCCUCUCCCAUUCCGUAACUGAGAUUGCCCCCAAUUCCGCUUCUUCCCUUUCCGUUCUGCAUGGGGCUGUGGUUUCCUCGACCUCUGCCCCGAAAACUGAUUCGACCUGUUCUUUAAUGUGUUUUAGCGCCCACUGGCCAUCCAACCUCACCCCAUCCUCACUGGUUAGAUAGUUAUGUUGCUUAUCAGUCUUUCUGCCUUGGUCUUUGAUAUACUUCCAAAAUUUGUUUGGAGCAUUCCUGUCUUCCACGCCGCUGGUCGUCCCCUUUGCGGCGUAAUGGACGUAAAACAUAACAUGGCUGUGGCCACAGGUUUUACGCCACAUUUCCAUAUUCGGGCGCUUCCUCACAAGAUUUGCCUUGUAGCGAGCAACGACGUCACACGUCGCCUGAUAUCUUUUCUACGAAAACAAGACACUCAAGGGGAACAAGGUACAAGGGCACAGAGUGGAUAGAUAGGUGUCUACAUACGGCGCAAUCUACGCUACUUGUUGCUUUCUGGGCAAGCCCGCUUAUUCAAUUGCGCGGUGGCAAGACCUCGAGAUACAUGGCCCUUUUCUGAAGUGAGCCCCUGGACCUGGCUUUGGAACAGACAUCGCAGCUGGAAAUAUGAAAUAGUUGUUUCACGAGCAGCUUAGAAGAGCACAUAGGUGACCUCCCCCUGCUGCAGCGUUUUCACCAAGCAAUACGACAAACUCCUGCGAAAGAAUACCACGCACAGGAAAACAAGACACUCAAAGCAACAAGGUACAAGGACAUACAGUGGGCAGAUAGGUUUGCGCAGUGGCAACACCGACAGACACAUGGCGCCUUUUUGAAGUGGGUAACACCUGGAAGUCUUUGGAGCAGACAUCACAGCUGAAGAUACCUAAGGAUAGGUGGCAAUCCAUCCCACAAUCGAAUGGAUGAAUGAGUGAGAAAGCUGUGUGAGAGAGAGACUGGAAUGAGAGUGUAUAUCGGCUGUCGUCCGCCUCUUACGUGAACCCAUAUAACUCGGGAGAGAGCCGAUAUGAACGUCACCGAACGUUGGGGAUGACCGUCCUGUGGCAUCCACGUCGUGAUAUCAGGUGGUCGGUGCAGGUAGCUUGACUCUACUCAAAGCACGCAAAUGGUGUGGCAGUCAGAGCAACCACAGCUGCUGCAACAGUUGAAGGGAAGGUAGCUAUGCCUCGCGGGUGAUGGUAGGGCCGAUUCACCUGGUAAUUCAGCUGACUUCGGCACGUAUUCACUGCUGGAAGCUGACCUCAACCGAAUUAUCCAUGUGGAGCUUGUCAAGUCCACUGGAAUUAGUUCCAGCAACCGCAUGGAGAGGGAAGGCCUAGAGGGAGCCCUGGCAUUCCUCAACCAGCAGGAUGUGUCCAUCUCUAUGCUUGUCACUGACAGGCACACUGAGGUGAAAGCAUUUAUGAAGCGGACCUACCCUACCAUAAGACGUCGGUUUGAUGUGUGGCGUGUUGCCAAAGGCAUAAAAAAGAAACUGGUUGCAGCAGCUGCGGGUAAAAGGCACAACGUUAUUCAGAAAUGGUGCCCAACCACCGUGCGCCAUCUUUACUGGUGUGCACGUACCAGCAACGACGAUGGAGCCUUGGUGCUAGCAAAGUGGAGGACCAUACUACGACAUCUGCCAGAUAUACACGAGCACCCAGACUCCCUGCACCCAAGUGUGCCCAUGGCGACUUAGGAGAUAGGCACCUAUGAGAAGCUGAAAGGUAUCGUGGCAUCACCACAUCUGCUAAAGGACGUGCCUCAGCUAUCUCCCGACAGACAGACAUUUGGCCUCGAGUGAUUCCACGGGCUGAUCAUCCACUUUGCUCCAAAGGCAUGGAAGCUGUCAUAUGAUGGAAUGCUGGCUCGAUCUUACAUCGCUGCCAUGCAUUACAACUACAAUGCUGACCGGCAAGUGGCCAAGCACAUUGUCAAGUGCUCUAAAGCACAAAAGCGCUGGACAGUCGUCGGUGUGAAAGGAAAGGCAUCAUAUGGCUACGUCCAGAAGUUGAUUGACCGUGUGCUGGAACUCGUCUCACAAUGGCCUUCAUACCGAGUGGCUGAGGAGGCUGUUGCACGAACGAGGCAGGAAACACUGAGUUGCAAAUAUGGCCCAAAACCAAGCCUUGACCAGGCACAGCAGGAGCACCGUCGUCGCUAUAGCUGCUAAGUGCGCUCGGUUACAGUUGCUAUUAGAUGCCAAGGGAGACCAAUAGCUUCAACCGUUUCAGCAUGCUCUGUGUUCACCUCAUGGGGUAUAGGACUCGGAUACAUGUACAGUUUGGCAUUUCUGCACCACUUGUUAAUACGUUGGCCCUGAAGUUUUAUGCUUUUAUUUCCUUUCUUCAAAUUCAGGGGUGAAAAAUAGUCCAAUAAUUCCAUGCAACAAAUCGUGGAAAUUAAGGUUCAAAAAUAAUCAUCGGACUGCAUUUGGAGAGUAAGUAGCAUUCCAGAGCUUAAGAUGAAGCCCUGUUAUACGGAAAUUUGCCAGCCUUUCUUUGCCAGUGCAGUCUUCAUUGUUGUACACACACCCCUUGCUCUUUAAAUUUUUCACAGUUGUCACCUGGUUCCAAAGUAGUGUCUUUUGAUGCUGUCCUAUGAAAAGCAUGUGUCGGCCGCCCCUACACAAAGGUUGUACCCAUUCGGCAUGUCCAAAAAAAAAUGAGCUGCACCCUUGAUGACCUUGCAUAGAAAGAGAAACCUGCCUACUGCAGCGGGUGGCCAGCAAUGAGCCGGACACUACUGUUAUGAGACGACUGGGGCAGAGCAGCAACUGCUUGCAUUAUUUGCUAGUAUCUCUGCCCCUGCUUGGAUUACACUCAGAAGCUUUCAUACAAACUUUGAUCAUCCGAUGGGAACCAUGGGUCGUUGGGUGGUUUAGGCCUACGUUAACAUUCGUGGUCAGAAGUUUGGAGAGGUGGUGAACUGCCUAUUUUGUGAGUGAUUAGGAUGUCACUGCCUUGAGGGUUUUGCUUGUAGCUAUAGUGUUCAACUUGAAACAGGUGAGCCAUGUUUUGGAGUGCAAAGUCAAGGAAAAAUUGGGCUAAACACUAAAGCUUGAGGAUGUGUUGUGAUCAAGCUGCUAGAAAACACAGUUAAGUUCUACCCCUGACACACCUGCAUACUUAGGGCCCUAUUUCUCAAGGCAUUAUGAAAAUUCUGCAGGUGAAAAUACAAAAUACUGACUCAGGGCUGUUUCCACCGUUUCUGUUUGGCACAACUUACUGCCCUGCCCACUAAUGCGGUUGAGAUAAAAGGCUCUCAAUGCACUCAUUUUUCAGCGGUGUCAUCUUUAUUGUGGAAUUGACCAAAGUUAUUAUUUUGCUUAGGACAGAUAUAGUACGUAAUAUGCAGCAAACUCAUGACAUAGCAACGCUUAGUACCCUACAUCCCUCCAAAGCAUCUGUUUGAGGUACGUAGCAUUCGGACCUGUAUCAUACACGUGGACACUGAAGCGGUUGUGCUGGCCUGGGCCACAGCUGUACAUAACCAGGGGCUAUUUUUGUGGUCAUUGUGUUAGAAACAGGUGACAGUCGAGAAAGCACCUCUUUCUCGCUCAAGCAGCAGAAAAAUUGUGCUCGUUUUUAUUGUGUCGCUUUAUUCAUGAAGCGUUCUUGGAAGCUUAAUUUUCUUCACUCUGUGUAUAAAGUGUAUCGUGAAGAGUAAUCGGUUAAAAGUGUGUGCUUAACAAAUUGUCAAUAUGUAGCGUGUUAUAUGUAUGUGUCGUUGGGGUAGAGUAUCGCCUGUUGCGAUGAAACUCCCCACUCUCCAAGGCCGAAAAUAAAGUUGUUGUUGUUGUUG